AUUCACAUUCUUCAUUUGGUGUGAUGUUAUACAGUAGAUUUGCAAAGAUAUUUCACAGAAAACAGCUACAUACUUCAGGUGCAAAAGCUGCCUUUUAAGAGAGCCAACUGAAACUGCUUUUAUUACAAUGGAAUUGCUGUUUCUGAUUCUGAUAUUUAUCGUCAGUGACAUGAGAAAUGCUAUAAAAGCCCAGCACUGUGGGGUUUCAUCACUCAGCACUCAUAUUGAAGGAGGUGAGAAUGCAGCUGUAAGGAAUUGGCCUUGGCAGGUCAGUCUACACAGUUCUGGCCAUCACGUCUGUGGAGGGUCCCUUAUCAGCUAUGAAUGGGUGCUCACUGCAGCUCACUGUGUUGAAUACCUAUCCUCAGACAUUGGACUGAAUGGUACUGUUUAUCUGGGUAGACAGAGCCAAAAUGUUUCAGUCUCUAACUCACAUGAGGUGAUUCGAGGAAUUCGAUCCAUCAUUCCACAUCCAGACUAUGACCCCUCAUGGUUCGUUAAUGACAUUGCCUUGCUGAGACUGAGCGAGCCAGUUAACUUUACCAGCUACAUCAGCCCGAUCUGCCUGGCUGCUAAUGACAGUAUCUUUCACAACGGCACCAACUGCUGGGCCACUGGAUGGGGGGAAACUGGCUUUUUUGGCACUCAGCACACUUAUGGAACUCUGCAGGAAGGGAAAAUGAAAAUAGUGGGGAAUAAGGAGUGUAACUGCAGUUCUAAGGACAUAAUCACUCCGACAAUGAUCUGUGCUGAAGGAGAGGCUGGUGAAGGAACGUGUUAUGGAGAUCCUGGUGGUCCAUUACAGUGUGAGCAGGAUUCUGUCUGGAUCUUAGCUGGCGUCACUAAUCCUUCUUGUGGCACUGGAAUUGCACCUGACAUCUAUGCUAGAGUAUCAAAAUUCCAAAACUGGAUUAUGGAGAAUGUUAAUGGAACAGAUAUUGGCUUUUUGACUUUCACAUCUGAUGGUGAAGAUAAGGACAGCAUCUUUCUGUGCAGUGGAGAAGAUAUAGGUCUUUUCUACCCAUUUGGAGAUGAAGACAUAGAAAAUCCCUCUGAAGAUGAUGGAAGCUCUAAUUUAGUAUUACUGGAAGAGCCCUUUGUAUAUUUUGGACAUGUUUAUCAACAGGUUUAUGUUAAUAACAAUGGCCAUUUGACAUUUGACGAGCCUCUUUCACAGCCGAUACAACUUUAUUUACAUUCCCAAAUCAAUAAAGACAUAAUUUCUGUCUGCUGGACAGAUAUGGACAACAGUGUCAAUGGAACAAUCUCCUAUCGUCAGGUCACCAGUGGUAAACUCUUACUAGCAGCUUCAAACAACUUAAACCGUUAUUUUCAAAAUCUGAGCUUCACUGCCUCAUGGCUGUUCAUUGCCACUUGGGAUAAAGUGCCGUAUUAUAACAACCCACAAUCGGAGUCGACCUUUCAAGUGGUUUUGGUGUCUGGCAAAAACAUGUCAUUUAUACUCAUGCAUUAUGAUCAUAUUGCUCCGACCACAUAUCCUGUAGAGUCUGGCUAUGACACAACUGAUUCAACUGAUUUCUUUUCAAUUCCUGUCUCUGAUGCCACAUAUCUGCCAUACACAAGCAAUGUCAAUGUAAAGGGUCGGUGGGUUUUUCGAGUUGACCAUGCAACAGAAAACAAUGGGCUUUUUUAUCCAUCUGGCUAUCAGAACACACAGAAUCCCUGUCGAAGUAAUGCAAGCUCACCAGCUCUGUACUUGUUAUAUCCUUUCUUAUACUUUGGACGCACAUAUCAAAACAUAUAUGUCAACAAUAAUGGACAUUUGACGUUUGAACCAUUUUAUGAAAGCCUCCCCAAGGCUUUCCCUGUCAACUCUUCUAGAGACAUUAUAGCUCCGCUCUGGGCAAAGUUUGACUGUAGCGUCAGUGGAAGCAUCUCCUACCACAUUGUAACUCAAGGUCGUAUUCUGGACAGGGCUAGAAAUGAUAUCAAACAGUAUUUCCCUCAGUUAGGGUUCUCAGUGCAUACAGUCUUCAUUGCUACGUGGAAUAGCCUGCCCUAUUUGAACAACUCAACUACGGAAUCCUCCUUCCAAGUCAUUCUAGUCAUUUGCAGAACUCUUUCUUUUGUCAUAAUGAACUAUGGAAAUAUCUCCUCAACUGAUCAGAGUUUUCAGGCUGGCUAUGACACAAUAAACUCAACAAAUUAUUUUUCAAUCCCUGUGCCUGAUGAAAAUAAGCUGUUCAACUCCAGCAAUGUCAAUGUGCCGGGACGCUGGGUAUUUUGUGUUGAUGGUGGAGCUGAGGAGGGAAUAUUCUAUCCAUAUGGAGAUGAAGAGGAUGAGAUGAACCCGCAGUCAGAUGAUGGAAGUUCUCCUCCGAUUCCUCUGCUGCAGCCAUUUGUGUACUUUGGCCGUUUAUAUGAGAAAAUAUUUGUGAAUAAUAAUGGAGACCUGACCUUUGAUGAGCCAUUUUCCCAGUAUAAUCCCUAUUAUUUUCCUGCAUACUCGACUAAAGACAUCAUCGCUCUGUGGGCAGACAUUAAUAAUAAUAAAGAAGGGACUAUCUCUUACCGACAAGUAACAGAUGCUCUUCUUUUAAAUCGGGCUUCAAGAGACAUAAACAAAUAUUUUCCAAAUAUGAACUUUUCUGCCUCUUGGGUUUUUAUUGCUACAUGGGAUAAAGUACCAUACUACAUAAACAAAGAGGCGAAGUCGACCUUUCAAGUGGUGUUGGUGUCUGGCAAAAACCUGUCAUUUACUCUUAUGCAUUAUGAUUUCAUCACUCCCAUCCAAAGUGUAGAGUCCGGCUUUGACACAAUAAAUUCUACUAAUUUCAUUUCACUUCCUGUUAUUGACAUUGCAAAUCUACCAUACACAAGCAAUGUCAACAUCAUGGGUCGAUGGGUAUUUCGUGUUGACCAUGUAUCAGGCCACAAUGGUCUGUUUUAUCCAACUGGCUAUCAGGACUCUCAGAAUCUCUGUCAAAGUAAUGGAAUCUCAACAGCUCUGGACUUGCAGUAUCCCUUUUUGUACUUUGGACGUGAAUACAGUAACAUAUAUGUCAACAAUAAUGGACUUUUGACGUUCAAACCAUUUUAUGAAAGUCUCCCCAAGGCUUUCCCUGACAACUCUACUGGAGACAUUAUAGCUCCACUCUGGGCAAAGUUUGACAUUAGUAUCAAUGGAAGCAUCUCUUAUUGCAUUUUAACUCAAGACCGCAUUCUGGACCGGGCAAGAAAUGAUAUCAAACAGUAUUUCCCUCAGUUAGGGUUCUCAGUAUAUACAGUCUUCAUUGCCACAUGGAAUAGGGUGCCCUACUUGAACAAUCCCACUACGGAAUCAUCCUUCCAAGUUGUUCUAGUCAUUUGCAGAACUCUUUCCUUUGUCAUAAUGAACUACGGAAAUAUCUCCUCAACUGAUCAAAGGUUUCAGGCUGGCUAUAACACAAUAAACUCAACACAUUAUUUUUCAAUCCCUGUGCCUGAUGAAAAUAAUGUGUUCAACUCCAGCAAUGUCAAUGUGCCGGGACGCUGGGUAUUUCGUGUUGAUGGUGGACCUGAGGAGGGAAUAUUCUAUCCAUAUGGAGAUGAAGAGGAUGAGAUGAACCCGCAGUCAGAUGAUGGAAGUUCUCCACCGAUUCCUCUGCUGCAGCCAUUUGUGUACUUUGGCCUUGUAUAUGACAAAAUAUUUGUGAAUAAUAAUGGAGACCUAACUUUUAAUGAGCCGUUUUACCAGUGGUAUCCCUAUUAUUUUCCUGCAUACUCAUCUAUAGACAUUAUCGCUCCACUGUGGACAGACAUUUAUAAUAGUGAGCAAGGAACCAUCUCUUACCGACAAGUAACAGAUGCUCGUCUCUUGAAUCGGGCAUCGAGAGAAGUAAACAAAUAUUUUCCCAGACUGAACUUCUCUGCCUCUUGGGUUUUUAUUGCUACAUGGGAUAAAGUACCAUACUACGCAAACAGAGAGUCAGAAUCAACCUUCCAAGUGGUUUUGGUGUCUGGCAAAAAUAUGUCAUUUACUUUCAUGCAUUAUGAUUUUAUCACUCCCACCCAAAGCGCAGAGUCUGGGCUUGACACAAUUAAUUCUACCAAUUUCUUUUCAAUUCCUUUUUCUGACAUCGCAAAUCUGCCAUACACAAGCAAUGUAAAUGUCAAGGGUAGAUGGGUAUUUCGAGUUGACAAUUCAUCAGAAAACAAUGGGUUCUGCGUCGAAACUAACACACACGAUGAUUUUUCUAGUGCUUUGAAUUGUGGAAGAACCCCAGUUACCACCAGAAGUAGGAUAGUUGGAGGUCAGAAUGCUUCAGCUGGACACUGGCCCUGGCAGGCUAGUCUUCUUCUGUUAAGCAGGCACAUCUGUGGAGGUUCUCUCAUCAACAAACAGUGGGUGCUGUCUGCUGCCCACUGUGUUCAUGGGUAUCCCACCUCUUAUUUCUCUGUGUUUUUGGGGCGACAGACCCAGGGAGGCAUCAACCCCAAUGAAGUGUUCAGAUAUGUGAGAUUAAUCAUCAAACAUCCCAGUUACAACAAUUUUACAAGUGAGAACGAUAUCGCUCUUCUCAAAUUGAGAUCACCGGUCCCGUUCACUGACUACAUCAGACCUGUGUGUCUAGCAGCUCAUAACAGUGUGUUCAACAGCGGCACAGACAGCUGGAUCACUGGAUGGGGAAACAUUGGUGAAGGAGUGCCCGUUCCGUCCCCUAAUGUUCUUCAGGAAGUGGAGGUUCCUGUAAUUGGUAACAGACAGUGCAACUGUCUCUAUGGAGUUGGAGAGAUAACAGACAACAUGAUCUGUGCUGGUCUUCUGGAAGGAGGCAAGGACUCAUGUCAGGGGGAUUUCGGAGGUCCGAUGGUGAGCAUGCAGAGCUCUGUAUGGGUUCAGUCUGGUAUCGUUAUCUUUGGGACUGGCUGUGCUCGACCUGAACUUCCUGGUGUGUACACCAGAGUAUCACACUAUGAGGAAUGGAUCAGUUCCUUGGUGUGUAGCGAUCCUCCAGGUUUUGUGCAGUUUACCGCCGGUGGAGCUGAUCCUGACUACAGUUACAGCUGUCCUGGUCUUCCUCCUCUUCCUCCUCCUCCUUCCUCAUUAAUAGAAUCUAAAAUUAUAUCUUCUGCAACAAUUCCUUCUCAAAAUACUUUGCUAUCAUAUUUGAUGUUGCUUUUAGCAGUUUAUAUGUAAAGAUACAUUUGGGGUAAAUACCUUCAUACAAAAGGAAUGUAUCAAAUGUGACAAUAAUUGGAUUUAUAAGGAAUAAUACAAUAAGAAAUGUUUCAAAUCUGCAUAUAAGAAUGAUCUCUGAAUGAUUAUGUGACACUAAAGACUGGAGUAAUGGCUGCUCAAAAUUCUCUGGAAUAAAUGACAUUUAAAUAUAUAUAUAGUUACA